GGAAGCACUGCAAAGGUGAACGCGCACUCCGCGGCGAAACCUCCGUGUCGCCCACGACGUACCGCCCCACAGCACCCUCAUCCGUUUUGUUUUUGCUGGUGUUGUUGUUGUUGUGUCACAUCCGUCUUUUGCUCAAAUAAGAGAAAACAGUCAAAAAGAAGAAGAAGAAAAUAUGCGAGAGCCCGUGGAUGAUCUCUUCCGUUCGCCGCAGGGUGGCGAGAAGGAGGUGGUGGACAGCAUCACGAAGAAGCGCUCGAAGUUCGAGCUCUACCAGUCCGAAUCGCACAAAAUGAAGUCGCUCAUGAUGAACAGCGCCGGCAUCCGCAGUGAGCUCGCCGCCGGCAACGAGAAGCGUCUCAACCCUCUCUGGGUAAACUUCCCUUCGAAGUGCGUGAAGCCGAUCUCCUCGGUGGGCGAGAUGAAAGAGAAGCUCGAGUACUUCUCGAAGUCGGAUGAUGUGAUGGUGGUGCGCUACCACCAAAACAACUGCACCGCCUGCAACGCGGUGGAUAAAGUCUUCGAGGUGCUGUGCCACCAGGCAGAGACGCACACGCCUGGUUUAAAGUUCUACGACGUCAACAGAAACGAGGUGCCGGAGUUGGCGAAAGGGCUGGUGCGGUUCCCACAGAUUAAAGGCUACAGCGGCGGGCAGUGGACCGACAUUGACUUCAAACCGCCCGCCCAGUUCCGCGAGGAGCUCUACAGCUCCGUCGAGCGUGAGGUGAAGCGAUUAAAGAACCAGGGCCGCCCGGUGACAGCGCUGGAGGCGGAAGAGAUGUAUUUCUCCGGAGCAGGGCCGGCUAUGUUGGAGAUUACGGAAGAGCAGCUGCUGUCCUUCUACUGCAAAGCGCAGGUCCGGCUGCACAACUACUGGAAGCAAAUCGCCAUGCGACGGUCGUGGUUCUACAAGAAGUUUGUGGAGCCGGAGGUGGAGGAUCGCGUGCUGGAUGAAUGGCGGGUGCGCUCUGUCUUCGGGGAGAAGGUGGUCUAUGGCCCUCAGCCGCCAGACGAGUUUGCUUGA